CCCGGUGCGGGCGGAAGCGCGGCGCCCACGUGUUUCCGGCCGUGCGGCGGCGCGGGGUGCCGGGCGAGGCGAGGGGGGGGCCCGGCGGCCAUGGACCCGCUGCGGGCCCAGCAGCUGGCGGCAGAGCUGGAGGUCGACAUGAUGGCCGACAUGUACAACCGGAUGACGCAGGCGUGCCACCGAAAGUGCGUCCCCCCCCACUACAAGGACGCGGAGCUGUCGAAGGGGGAGAGCGUGUGCCUGGACCGCUGUGUGGCCAAGUACCUGGAGGUGCACGAGAGGAUGGGCAAGAAGCUGACGGAGCUGUCGCUGCAGGACGAGGAGCUGCUCAAGCGCAUGCAGCAGGGCACCGGCACCGCCUGACCCCCCGCUCCCUGGCUCCCCAAUAAACUGGAGCCUCUGGGCCA